GGUCCAGGGCUUAAAAAGGAUAGGCACACCGGUUAACAGCCAGCGACUCAGGACACAGACUGGCCAAACUAAAGGCUUCACAAUGCUGUACAGUUUAGCAGGAGGAGGCACCCUGUGCGGUGUAGCCGCCCUGGUGCUUCUCAUUGUUUCUACAGCAACAGAUUUCUGGAUGCAGUACCGCUACUCGGGCAGCUCAGCCAAUCAGGGGCUUUGGAGGUUCUGCAUUAACCACAAAUGCCACGCUCACACCAUAACCGUAGCCUUCUGGGACGCCACCCGGGCCUUCAUGCUUCUGGCCGUGCUGAGCUGUUUUGCUGGUACUGUGCUCGGCCUUAGCGCCUUCACUAAUGGCACCAAGAACAGGAGGGUCCGGACCGGAGGCAUCGCUCUGGUCCUGUCAGGUUUUCUUGCUCUUCUGGCUUUAGCUGUUUACACAGGAGUGACCGUCACCUUCUUUGGCAAACGCUUCCUGGACUGGCGCUUUUCCUGGUCCUACAUUAUUGGCUGGGUGGCUGUGAUUUUGGCUUUCGCAGCAGGUGUGUUUCAGCUCUGUGCAUACCGCCAGACCUCUGAAGAGCCUGCUCCUUCCAAUAACCCGGACAGCUGAACAGGAUAAACGCACAAAUGGUCCUUCAGACUGUUGGACUGAACAUCAUUGCGGAAUUUGCUUCUGAAAUAUGAAAUAAAAUAAAUACAUCAUAGAAUAGUCCAUUCUCCUCAGCUAGAUGUAGUUGAGCCACAAACUGUUGACCAAACAUGCCAGAAGUCAGACAGCUAUAAAUGCAGCAUUAGUCUGACAUUUUUCCUGUGUUCCAUAAGAAUGUGGUUUUGAAACUAAAUUGUUCAAAAUCAGAUGCAACAUUCUAGCUUUCUUACAAGUAUAAAUUAGGCUUUAACAUUUUUUGGUUUCAGUAAAUGCUAGAAUUUACAAUGCUCUGCAAACAAUUUUCACAUAUCACUGUAAAACCACACAGUUCAUCGUAUUUAAUUAGGCUUUUACCUGACAGAAGAUAGUUAAUACCUAAAAACAUAUGUGAAAGGUUUGAUGCAAUUAAUCCUUCUAUUCCAAUACUUUUCCAAAAGCUUUUGCUGGAAAAAAUAAUUGCUUAAGAAGCCCUCUAGUUUGACAGGACAAAAUUGCUUAAGAAGCCCUGUAAAGUGGCAACAUCAUGCUGUGGAAAUGCUUUUCUACAUCAGGACAAGGAGUCUGGUCCAUGUUGAUGGAUAGAUUGAUGAAUUUAAAUACAGAACAAAGCUGGGGAGAGGAGUGGGACAACGGUAAGAGGCUUUGAGAGACCUGAACCAGAAGUUGACCUUUAAGCAGGAGAGUUACAAGGGAGUGUGUUAGGUCAGGGGUGUCCAUUGCAUGGGAAUUAUUUUGUGUGUGCCCAAAAUGGCACAACUUUGGUGCACUGCAGGUGCUAUGGUGGCACAGGGGUUAAACACAACCCACAUAUGGAGGCCUUAGUCCUCGAGGCAGUCGCAGGUUCAAGUCCCGGCCUGGUGACCUUUGUUGCAUGUCUUCCCCUUCUUUCCUGUCAGUUCACUAUAAGAUGGAGGCCAAUAAAACCUUUUUAAAAAAAAAAACAAAAAAAAACAGCAACUUUUGAGCACUGCUAUAUGAAGUUUAUGCAGAUACACUCGUUAAAAAGAAAAA